AUGGUGACCACACGCUCGCACGACGACGACAAGCCCGCCGCUUCGACCGGCGACAAGCGCCACGCUGCCGAGGGAGGCAGCUCGCCCAAAAGGAAGAAGGUCGUCGCAAAGAAGGACGAGGAGGACGGCGGAGACGAGGACGAGCAGCACAAGAAGCCGACUAGCAAGGGCGGAAAGGGCAAGCACGUGCAGAAAAAGGUCGUCAAGCAUGAGGAGCAGCACGAGGAGAAGGGCGAGGAGAAGAAGGACGAGGGCAGGAGGCCGGCGGGUAUGAGCGAGGACAAGAAGCACGAGGAGCCGAAGGGAGACAUCGUUGAGGGCAACGCCCAGCCUGGACAGGUCCCCGCUCACCUGCCCGAGCCCGACGCAGAGAGGAAGCAUGGCAUCAUCGAGAAGGGCCACGUCUACUUCAUCUACCGCCCGAAAGUCGAGAUCGACCACCCCGAAUCGCUCGACGACGUCCAGCGCUUCCACCUCCUCGUCGUCCCACACGGCUCGAAGCUCCACCGCCUCAUCGCGAUCGGCAAGAAGGCUCUGCCCGACGCCAGCGAGUCGACUCGCCCGAUCUGGGGCCAGGUCGUCAAUGUCGGCGAGGACAUGAAGGCGCUCAAGGAGGGUCUCGGACCGAAGACUUACGAGACCAAGACGCGCGGAACCCGCCACCAAGCGGGCGCUCGGGUCGCUGCCUCGGGUGCCUACGUCCUCUACACGGUCGAAAACUACCCGAAGGACUCGGCGAACGAGUCUGCCGUCUAUCACACCUACUUCGCCUACGAGAUCGCCGUUCCUCACGAGAUGGGCGAGGUGCAAGAGGCGCUUCACAUCCAGCACGAAGGCGCUUUUACGCUCCAGGUCAAGAACCCCGAGGCGCCGUCCACGAACCCGGCGGUUGGUAACCAGCCAGCUAGCAAGCACCCUCAGUUCCCGCCCGAGUACAAGAAGCUCUUCCACACCAAGUUCAUCCCCGCCUCUCCUCCCGAACUGCUCGACUACCCGGGCGCCGAACUUCUCCUCAUUCCCUCGAAGCACGAAGCAGUUCAGGACAUUGGCGAGAAAGCGGAGAAGGAGCUUGACAAGGAGGAGAAAGAGUUGGAGAAGAGCAUUGAGGGUCAGAAGGACGGCGGGGAAGCGAAGAAGGCGUUGAAGGAGAUGGGGCUCGAGGGUUUGAUUGAUGGGAAGGCGCUCGAGGGUCAUUGGGAGUGA